AUGACUGAGGUUUCAUCACCAAUCAAGCAGGAAACUUUCAAUCAAAUCUAUGGCCAGUUUGACUUAAGAUCCCCAAUCUAUAAGCCAUUACAUUUUACAUAGUCUGUCAAGGAUAGUGUCUAAUUCAAAUUAAAUGAAAAUCCAGAGAUUCAAUACCACGAUCUCAGAUACAUACCUCCUAAGCAUUAUAAAGUAGAUCAUUUUAGCACUUUUAAGUAAAGAUAAUUCCCAUAGUAUCCUUCAAAUAAAGUUGUUCAUGAAGAUUACUAGAGGAUUAUGAAGGAAUAUUAAGUAAUUGAGGAUUAAGAGGAUGAGAAAAGAGCAAAGUUUAAGAUUAACGGUGUUAAAAAAGUAUCACCACAUAAGCGGAGAGAAGUUGAAAGUGCCAAACCAGAUUCUCUGAAACUGAGUCCAGAUGAGAUACCAUAUAACUUAUUAUAAAAGAUUGAUAAGAUGGUUUAACAGAAGCUAAAGGAAAUUACGCCUGAGGUUUUGCAGACUUUUGCCUAAAAAAACUAUCAAAGUACUAUAGAAGUGCACAAUAUGACGCCGAUAAAAAAAUAAAGUGAGAAAAAGCAAGUCUCAAAUGGCACAGAAACUGAAAUGAAGUAGUAUGAGACGGUAUUAGAAGGAUAAGAUUAAGAAUUGAAGAAAUAAUUAGAUGAAUUCGAAUAAUGGUGUCUCAAAAAAUAAAUUGAGGAAAAAUUGCGCAAGACUUUUAUCAAGGAAACUCUGAGAAAUCUAGAGUUUCAUAAACAAAAAUAGCUUGAAGAGACUUCUGAGGAAAGAAAGCUCAAGAAAGAAAAGCUAGCUGAGUGGCAUCAAUAAAAAGAAUUCAACAUCCUUAUGAAAAAGGGUUGGGAUAAGAGAGUAAAAGAAAUGAAUGAAUUAGAUAAAAUGGAGAAACAAGCAAAAGGUAAAUAAGCUUUUAUGGAUUGGCUUUAAGGUCAUUGUGAAAGGCUUAAAUAAUAAAAAAUGCAAUAACUCUAAGAUGAAUAUCAAAAGCAGAUAAAACAAUAGAAAUAAUUGAUAGCAUAGUCUAAACGAAGAGAGAUGGCGAAAGCUGCUUUUUAGUAGUGGGUUCAAAGAAAAAGAUCUGAAUCCAAAUAGAUCAAAAGAUAAAGCAGUUAUGAUGUUAGAGGGAGAUAAGGCUAAUUUAAUACAAUAUAGAUGUAAAGACCACCAUCAUACUCUAGAUAACAACUAGUGAACAUUAUGAUUAAGCCUGAUAGACUAUAGAAUCAGCAGAGAGUAAAUAAUUUUAUGAUAGGCUCUAAUGAUUAAGGAGAUCAUAUUCUAAUGGGAAGUCCAACGAAAUAGGCCUAUAAAUAUGAUGAUUUUAAAUCUCCCAAAGGCAGAAAAAGUAGUGGAAACAAAAAGAAGAAAGUCAAGGCAAAGAAGAAGUUUAGUGUUAAUCGUAAUCACAUGAAACAAUAGAGUCAUCAAUAUGGUGCUUAAUCUAACAAUUAGUAGAAAGGUUAUAUCGAUAGAAUAAGCGAAGAGAAAAGCUCAGAAGCUUCGUACAAAUAGAAAAAAGAGGACUAUGAUAUUUCAAGUAUUGUGAGACAUAACUAGAGCUAGCCUGCUGAAAAUACAGUAGAAAGCAUGAUAUCUGGAAUGGAAGCAGGUGGAGACAGAGUCUGCUGA